CAAGCAGAAAAAUAUUAAUUGCGCUUGUUAACUUGAACAAAUAACUGAAAAACGUUAUUAUUUAUUGUUUUUAAGUACAAAUUAAAGUAUAUACAAUGUCUACACUCAAAAUAACUGCAUUAACUGAGGAAAACACAUGUAAUUUCUGUAACAAUGCCUUGGCCAAGUACUCCUGCCCGAAAUGCAAUCAACUUUAUUGUACACUGCGAUGUUAUCAAUCCGAACAGCAUUUAUCUUGUUCUGAAGAGUUUUACAAGAAUAUGGUACAGGAACAUCUAGAAAGCCAACUUCAAGAUGAUAACAGUCAAGAUAACAAGGAGCAGAAGAUGCAGGAGAUACUCAAGAGGUUCCAUGAGCAAAAUCAACUCACAGAUUUGAAUGAAUCAAAUGAAGAUCUAGACUCUGAUGAUGAUGAAAUUGAUGAAGAAGCAAAUAACAUGGAAGACCUAGGUGCGAGACUCACUGGGAUUGAUUUGGAUGACAGUGAAGAAGUCUGGAAGCAUUUGACUGCAGAUGAGAGGAAAGAAUUUGAAGCUUUUUUACUUUCUGGAGAUGUGGCUCAAUUUAUGACCAUGUGGACACCUUGGUGGGAAUUUAAGUCUACAGGAGUGUUAAGUGAGGAGGACUGGACGAAAUGUAAGAGUAACUGUCCGAAAAUUGGAGAUAUACACAAAUUUAACGAAAUUUCUGGUAAAUCUCCAGCACAAUGCGUGGAAAACAACAUGAUCAAUGUCCUAGCAGCGUAUGUGUUCCUCCAGCGUUAUUUUAACGGUGAAGUUGAAGAAUUUUCACUCGAAUAUUCCAUGUUUCUGUGGAAUUUAUCUUUAAAUCUCAAAGAUAAUGUGAAUUAUGACACAGCAGCUCUGGCAAUCGAAAGUGUUAUACAGCAGUGUAUUACUUGUGUUGAUCUGGGCAUAACAGCAGACAAAGAAAAUCAACGCCACGUGAAAAGCGAUGUUAAUUCACUCCUUGGUGGUCCACACUCAUCAGAAAAGAAAUAUUAUCUGCUUUCUGCACUCUCAGAUAUCAAAUCAACACUUUUGAAGGCUAAACCCGUUAAAGAAGACAGCAAGAAGUCGAAAACUACGCAAAACAAAGGCGAAUUCUUUGAAAAAUUCACCGCACAGCAAACAAAAGCGUUGAAAACAUUCACAAAAGAUAAUAUUAAGUCAGCCAUAAGGAAAAUAGAUUAUUAUUUGUCAUUUGUUCAGGAUAUCUACCACAAAACAUAAUGUGUAUGUAUUUUAUGUUUUAUUAUAAAAUGAUGGAAUGAACA